AUGGUUACGAGAUUCCCUACAAUCUCGCCACCACCAGCAGUUGCUCCAGUUGAUAUAGUUGCCGUUUUUUUGGAGUCUCAGUUUCAAGGAUCUGACUUUUCUAACCGUUAUGUUUUUGUACUAUUAGUACAGCAAAGAGAUGCUAUAGACGAACAAGUUAGGUCAUUCUCACCAGAUAUUUCGGUUGGAGCAGCAUCUCCCCUUGAAAGCUAUGACCGACCAGAACAAGACCCCAGCGACUCGGAAAUCGAGUCGUCUUCUGACAACGGCUCUGAUAGCACGUACCGAGUUGAUCCUACGGAGUACCAUGAUAUUCAGAGAGCGUAUCUUUCAGAGGCUGCACCACCAAUGAAUAACGACCACAUCUCGGAGACCAAUUUACAGAAUUUUUUGUUAAUGUAUUCUGAAAACUCAACCAGCACUCUUCAAGAUGCUAUAAAUUUUGCAGUAGAGGGAUCAGAUACAUUAGGUCAGAAACUACGCAUAGUACAGGAUGACUCCCUUCUCGAAAAUGGUACACCAAACGAAAAAAUAGCUAGUAUUGAUGCUAUCAUUGUGGGACCAACAAAUCUAUAA